CGAGCGCAGCAUACGAGGUCCCUUCAGCUCGCAAAUGGCAUGAUUCGUCGCAAGGCAAGUGCCUUCUAUCUUUAUUCCUUUUAUUAGUCUUCUCUCUUCAUGCGCAUACAUUGUUUUAAUCCAACAUGGCCCUCUUACGGCGCUACACCCUCUAUACGGUCCUCGCAGUGUUAUUCGUUUACUUGCUUUAUUCAUUGAGCUUCCCUUACGAGAUUGAUAGCGCGCCUGUCUCCUACCCCACCGAGAGCGAGAAUCCGAAGCCUCAAGAGGCCGAGGAACCUCAGGAACCUCAAGAACCCCGACCACAGAGACUGUACACGUACAAGCCGUUUGACUGGGCGGAGGUUCCUUUCAAGAAUCGCAUCGAGUCCCUCACACCAUUACCGACCGGCGCGCCGAAAUCGCUGCCCAAGAUACAGUUUGCAUUCAAAGCAGAAGAUGCAACCGCCAAGCAUAUCAGGGAGACAAGGAGGGAAGAAGUGAGGAAGCAGUUCUUGAAGUGCUGGAGGAACUAUAGGAGUUAUGCGUGGUUGCACGACGAAAUCCGCCCGAUUUCUGGAGAAGUGACGAAUCACUUCGGCGGGUGGGCCGCGACCCUAAUUGACGCGCUCGACACGCUGUACAUUAUGGGCUUUGAAGAGGAGUUCGCGUCUGCCAUUGCAGACAUUGAAGCGAUUAAUUUUGGAUACACGGACCUGGACAAGGUGAAUGUAUUUGAGACAAACAUCCGGCAUUUGGGAGGCUUGUUGGCAAGCUACGAAUUGAGUGGGGAGAAAAGACUCUUGAACAAGGCGAAAGAGGUAGGCGAAAUGCUGUACCAUGCCUUCGACACACCGAACCACAUGCCCGUCACUCGCUGGGACUUCCGGAGCGCUGGGGAGGGCAAACCUCAAAUCGCAGAAGAGCAGGUGCUUCUCGCCGAGAUUGGUUCUCUCAAUAUGGAGUUCACGCGCCUUUCUCAACUGACUGGCGACCCUAAGUGGUAUGAUGCAGUGACACGGGUGAGCAAGCUGCUGGAAGAACAACAGAGCAAGACAAAGCUACCAGGUUUGUGGCCUAUUGUGGUGAAUGCACGGAAAGCAGACUUCAGCGAGGAUAACGGAUUCUCGCUCGGCUCAAUGGCGGACUCGACAUAUGAGUAUCUUGGGAAAAUGUACGCUCUUCUGGGCGGUCGCGACGCAUCCUACAGGAAUAUGUACGAAAAAGCCAUGGAGACAGCUGCCAGCCACGCCCUGUUCCGCCCCUCAACGCCCGACGAAUCAGAUCUGCUCAUACCAGGCUUUGUCCGGGUAGAAGGCUCGACGGUGUUUGUGGGUCCGGAGAUGCAGCAUCUAGGGUGUUAUACCGGCGGCAUGUUUGCGUUGGGCGGAAAGAUGUUUAAGAAAGAGGAGCAUGUCAAGAUUGGGCGAAAACUAGCAGAUACGUGUAUUUGGGCCUACAAAGCCUCACCCGCAGGAAUCAUGCCGGAGGUCUCGCAUCUGCUCAAAUGCGCAAACACCACGAGCUGCCAGUGGGAUGAGAAAGCAUGGCAUGAUGCGGUACAACUGAAAUCAGAUGAGACCAAGGAGAAGGAUCCUCUGCAGAAUAUCGCAAACUUGCGUUUACCGAGCGGCUUCACGGCUAUCAACGAUCGCCGGUACCUCUUGCGCCCCGAAGCCAUCGAGAGCGUAUUCAUCAUGUACCGCAUAACCGGCGAGCAGCAAUGGCAAGCAGCAGCAUGGGACAUGUGGACUGCCAUUCAACGGUCCACCGACACUGACAUUGGGAAUUCAGCACUGUUGGAUGUUUCAGCAGACUCGCCACCGCGGAUAGAUUCCAUGGAGAGCUUCUGGAUGGCCGAGACGCUCAAGUACUUCUUCUUGACAUUCAGUGAGCCGAGUGUUAUUAGUCUGGAUGAUUGGGUGUUCAAUACCGAAGCGCAUCCGUUCAAGAUACCGAAACCGUAAAUGUGAAUGAAGUAUACUAGGUAAAGGCAUUGUUAGGCAUUUUGAUAGAUAUGUUAAUAUUUAAGCUAUCGCUUUAUGUCAUGGGUUAUCAUGUCAGUACAUUAAUCUUAGUUUCCAGUUUAGAUUAGGAUGUGCACCUUCUCUUUCUUGUUUGGCGUCGGAGGAGCUCGAGCCAUCGAUGACGGCUAUUAUAGAGCCUCUAAUUGAAGUAAACAUAUCGCUAAAGUAAAUGGUAUCUAUCGCU